UAAGCCAGGUAAGAACAGUAAAUGAAUCUAUUCAAGAGGCAGGCACUUGCACUUUUAUUAUUUUUAAACCUCUAUUAAAAACUCAACAACUAGGCUAAACUCAAAAGUAGAGGGGAAAAAGAAAUAUCCCUGCGUGCUAUUUAAAAAAAAAAAAUUAAAUCACCGAAAAUAUGCGCCGUAUUUGCAAAAUGUAGUCGUCGUUUCCAUGUCCCGACUUCACCUCAGAGCCACUUCCUCGGUGUGUAACUUGAGAGUGGACCGUAAUACGUGUAAUAAAGUGAGGGAAGUUCAGGGGGAACUUCUUCUUCAGACUUUGUGAAACUGCCGCACACACCCUCUGCUGCGUGGUGAGCUGCCACAUCGAACGGGAAUAUAAAUAUAAAGAGAAAAGAGCACCAUGCUGCUCGUCCUGCUGCACUUCUUGGUCCUUGUGUCUUGUGCUCCUCCACGGUGUGACCCAUCAUUUCGAGGAGUGUGCAAGCCAAUAGUGGAAGAAAAACCCAAAUGCACAGAUGUGUUGCUCUCCUACUGCGACGACAUGUCCUACGCUGAGACCAUGUUCCCCAACAUCCUCGGCCACAAGACCCGUGAGGACGCCGAGGCCAGCGCCGAGUACCUCCUCAUCAGCGUCGCUGAGUCUCUGCUCAAGGGAGAGUGCAACCCUGAGAUCCGCAUGCUGGGCUGCUCCGUGCUGACCCCGCGCUGCCAGAAGGAGACGGUGCUGAAGCCCUGCCGCUCCACCUGUGAGACGGUGCGUAAGAGGUGCAGCCAGGUUUUCGAGGGGAUAGAGAUGGCGUGGCCCUACUUUCUGGACUGUGAUCGCUUCUUUGUGAGUGACGAAGAGGGAUGUUAUGACCCACUGGAGGGCCUCAGGGCGGAGCAGGAUGCAGAGGCUGUUGACAGCAUGGAGUUUCUUUCCCCCGAGGAGCCCGCCAACAUCAUGCAGUUCACCUAUCACUCCACCGCUCAGAUGAUCAGCGUGUUGAAGAAAACUGAGGAGCAAUGCUCCGACAUCGCCAAGACUUACAGCAUCGGUCGCAGCGUGGAGGGCCGGGAGCUGCUGGUCAUCGAGUUCUCUAACAACCCCGGAGAACAUGAACUGCUGGAGCCAGAGAUGAAGUACAUCGGAAACAUUCAUGGAAACGAAGUGCUGGGCCGGCAGCUGCUGAUCUACCUGGCUCAGUACCUGUGUUCAGAGUACCUGCUGGGCAACGAACGCAUCCAGACGCUCAUCAACACCACCCGCAUCCACAUUCUGCCCUCCAUGAACCCUGACGGCUACGAGCUGGCUGUUUCUGGGCUCCACGACAACAACUACAGUGAUGAUGAGGAGCAGGGGCCCAGAUACGACUCCAGCAACAUAGGCAGAAACAACGCUCAGAACCUGGACCUGAACAGGAACUUCCCUGAUCUGACCUCCAUCGUCUACGGCCGCCGCAGACACAAGGGCUCCCGCUCCGACCACGUCCCCAUCCCAGACUAUUACUGGUUUGGUAAGGUAGCACCAGAGACUUACGCUGUGAUGAAGUGGAUCCGCUCCGUCCCCUUCGUGCUGUCUGCUAACUUCCAUGAUGGAGACCUGGUGGUGUCGUACCCCUACGACCUGUCCAAACACCCGCUGGAGAGGAACAUGUUCUCCCCAACACAGGACGACAAGGUAUUCAAGCUUCUUGCGAAAACAUAUGCAAUGUCACACGAGAGGAUGGCGAAUGAAAAUGCGGGGUGUGGAUCUUCUCGUACUCACAGUGAGAAAGGAACCGUUAAUGGAGCUCAGUGGUCCAGCAUCUCAGGUGGCAUGCAAGACUUCAACUACCUCCACACCAACUGCUUUGAGGUGACGGUGGAGCUGGGUUGUGAUAGAUUUCCUCCUGAAGAGGAACUCUUCAUCGCCUGGCAUGAAAACGCUGAGGCUCUGAUCACAUUUAUGGAAGCAGCCCAUCGAGGCAUCAAAGGCGUGGUGAAGGACGAGGAGGGAAACUCAAUCAAAGGAGCUCGAGUAUCAGUGAGAGGAAUCCGCCAUGACGUCACCACAGCUGAGAACGGAGACUACUGGCGCCUCCUGGCUCCUGGGACCCACAUCGUGAGCGCCUCGGCCCCGGGCUUCACCAGAGCCUUGAAGAAAGUGCAGCUGCCUCGCAUGGCCACAGCGGGCCGGGUGGACUUUGUGUUGCAGAAAGCUGCAGUAGAACUGGACAACCAGGAGGAGGAAGACGCCCUCAUGGGCUCCUACGACCGCUUUGACCCCUACAACCAGUACGAGCGCUACACCCUCAUGGCUGACAUGAGCUCCACCCGCGAAGAGAGAGCAGAGAAGCCCUGGUGGUGGAACUACUUCGUCCUGCCGGGAGCUCCUGCUCCAACCUGGCUGCUCAAACACUAUUAGAUCAUAUAGAUCAGGGGUGUCAAACUCAAAUACACAGUGGGCCAAAAUUUAAAACUUGGACAAAGUCACAGGCCAACAUUGAUAUUUAUUGAAACAAUUGACCUCAACAAGUUCAAACGAAAUGGAACAAGCAAAGCUUGAUAUAACUUAAUAUUGCAAAAUCGAAUAUCAAAUAAAACAAACAAACACAUCAAUGGCAUUCAUUUCUUAAAUAAAAAUUAAAUAAAAAUCGUAUGUCCCUUUAUUUUAUAUGUGGCCUUCUUUAAAUUUAAAUUUAACAGUAAUCUUUUUCCACAGGCUAAAAUUAAAUGUGGGAAUAAAAUAACAAUAAUAAACCAAUUGAUUAAUAAUAAUAUCCUUCAAUGAAUGUGCAACCAUUCAAGCCCAUGCCUUGGACUAGCAAGAAAAAGUGCAUAAAGACAACUUUAAUUGUUGCUCAGUUUGCUACACACUGAUCUACUGUGUUCAAGCCAAAACAUGAGCAGAGCAUUCUGGGAUUUGUAGUAUUAUUUGUGCUGUAUAAUAAUAAUUUGGUAUUGCCUUGCGGGCCAAAUAUAAUUAUACUGCUGGCCAAAUUUGGCCCGCGGGCCAGAGUUUGACACCUCUGAUAUAAAUAUUCUCUCAUUUUACAAUAUACACACAAACCCAGCUGUCGUCUAAUAAAUAAACUGCUUUUUAUUCAUUUUACACCGCAGGAAAGUGUAAAAGCUAGCUGGCUGGCCUUUAUGUUAGCUUUCACACUUUGUCCCCACAUCAAUGUUCCAAUAACCAUCAUGAAAUAACGCACCGUUAAAGACUUUUACAGCAAUUUCACAGCAGAAAUAAAGAACUUUUGUCAUUCAUUGUAUAGAGUCACAAUGUGACUGCACUUUUGUUUUGUACAGCUACUUCCAAAAACAAUUUAUGGCCAAAGAAAACAAUUAUGUCCUAAUUUUUUAUCUGAACGACCCACUUGCAAACUUCGUUGAACUAUUAUAUUUUAAGUAAUUAAAGCAUGAGGCCACUAGAGGGCAGACUGAGUCAACCUCUGGCCCAGUAACCA